UUGAGAGAGAUCCCAGCCCCGCCCUGGAUGUGCAGAAGCAGCAGCCGGUGACGUGAACCUCUCCUCCCGGAGCCUGUCAAAGUCUUGGCCAAGUGAGGGACAUUGAACUGCAUCUGUGUGUCUCUGUGUGUGUGGGGGGGAGAGAGAAGACGUGAAUCUUGUGGAGUUGGUCUUCCAGCGUGACCAGUCUGCUUCCUUCCCUUCACCCCCGGGCCAGGUUAUCCGGGUCUGAUGCACUUUCACGAGGAGAGGCCGCUUCUGCAACCGAUUCUCAGUCAGUUCAGAACUCCUUCAGCAUUGACCAGCUUUCAGAUGUGCUGACUGGAACAACGCCAAAGGAUCCUGUCAGACAACCAGGAGUGACAGUUCUUACCACGAUGGACAAUGAGGUCCACAGUCUCUUUGACAAGUUCCUGCAAGGAAAGACGUGUAAAGAGACGUUGAGCCUAUUCCACGAGCUCUGCCACGUCCUGCAACUGGACCCUGUCGACUAUCGCAGUUUCUACCAGAAGUUAAAAGGCAGCCUCAAUUACUGGAAGGCCAAGGCUCUGUGGGUUAAGCUGGAUAAACGAGCAUCGCAUCCAAAUUAUGAACAAGGCCAAGCUUGUGCUAAUACAAAGUCGCUGGUCCUAGGAGCCGGUCCCUGUGGGCUCCGCACUGCCAUCGAGCUUGCCUUUCUCGGCGCCAAAGUCGUCAUUGUGGAGAAGAGGGAGAGCUUCUCACGGAACAACGUUCUCCACCUCUGGCCGUUCACCAUCCACGACCUGCGAGCUCUUGGAGCCAAGAAGUUCUAUGGAAAAUUCUGCUCCGGUUCCCUUGACCAUAUCAGCAUCCGGCAAUUGCAGCUAAUUCUGCUGAAGGUGGCUCUCAUCCUGGGUGUGGAAGUCCAUGUCAACGUGGAAUACAAAGGACUCAUAAAGCCUCCGAAAGAUCAGAAGGAGAAAGGGAUUGGAUGGCGAGCUGAUCUUCUGCCAACUGGCCAUUCGCUGUCCAAGUAUGAGUUUGAUGUCUUUGUUUCAGCUGGUGGAGGCAAAUAUGUCCCUGAAGGGUUCAAGAAGAAGGAGAUGCGAGGGAAGUUGGCGAUUGGGAUCACGGCUAAUUUCAUCAACUACAACACCACAGCAGAGGCCAAGGUUGAGGAAAUCAGUGGAGUCGCUUACCUCUACAACCAGAAAUUCUUCCAGCAGCUUCGCAAGGACACAGGGAUUGACUUGGAGAACAUCGUUUACUACAAGGAUGACACUCACUAUUUUGUGAUGACUGCAAGGAAACAGAGUCUGCUGAAGUGUGGUGUCAUUGAGCAGGACAAGCAAGACGCAGAUUCCCUGCUGUCGCCACAGAACGUCUGUUCGAAAUCUCUCCUCUCCUAUGCCCAGGAAGCUGCCAACUUCGCCACCAAGUACCAGCUUCCGCACCUGGAAUUUGCCCAGAAUCACCGCGGGGAGCCAGACGUGGCCAUGUUUGACUUCACCUGCAUGUACCGGUCAGAGAAUGCCGCCCUGGUGAAGGAACAGCACGGGCGCCGGUUACUAGUCGCCCUGGUGGGAGACUGCCUGGUGGAGCCCUUCUGGCCACUAGGGACUGGCAUUGCACGUGGAUUCCUUGCGGCGUUUGACGCUGCAUGGUUAGUGCGGAAGUGGAGUAUGGGGACCACCCCUCUGGAGCUCCUGGCUGAGAGGGAGAGUAUCUACCAGCUGCUGUCACAGACCACGCCUCAGAACACAAACAAGAACAUUAGCCAGUACAGUAUCGAUCCACUCACCCGCUAUCCCAACCUCAACCUCAGCUACUUCAAACCUGCCCAGGUGCAGCAUCUGUAUGAUGUGGGAAGGAGCACAGCUACAGAGAAGGACACCAACCAGACAAAGGGGAAAAUGCUACACAGUGAUUCCUGUGUGGGUUACGAAGAGCUCCUGAGCUGGUGUCAACAGCACACAAGAAGCUACAGGAAUGUAAAAGUCGUUGACCUAACCACGUCCUGGAAGACAGGCCUGGCACUGUGUGCUCUGAUUCACCAUUUCCGCCCAGACCUUAUUGACUUCGAGAGUCUUAAAGAAGAAUCUGUUGCUGAAAAUAACCAACUGGCAUUCAAUAUCGCAGAAAAGGAAUUUGGAAUCUCACCAAUAAUGACCGGGAGAGAAAUGGAAGUAGCUACCAGCCCUGACAAGCUCAGUAUGUUCAUGUACUUGACCCAGUUCAAUGAAUUCUUCAAGGACAUUUCUCCUGAGCUUCAUGAUGUCAAUAAAAGGAAGAUGAUGACCCUGUCAUCAGCCAAGUCAGCCCUCUUGUUCCUGAGUACCCUCCGGAAAAACGUGGCCAACAAACGAAGUUCCGUGUCAGAUGCUGGAUCAGAACAAUUACUGAAAGAAGAUCCAAAUGAGACUUUGGCUUCGCCAUCGUCGGCACAUUCACCACAAGAGAAUGAGAGCAGCAGCUCACAACCAGAACAGUUCCAGGAGAACUCCAAUGUGGAAUCAGCUAACAGACAGGGCUCCCUCAGACAGGCACCAAGCCCCAGCAGCAGUGAGGUUUGCUACUUUUGUAAGAAGCGUGUUUACGUGGUGGAACGCUUCAGCGCUGAGGGUCAGUUCUUCCACCGCGGCUGCUUCACAUGCCACCAGUGUGGCACCACCCUACGGCUCGGGAACUACGCUUUCAACAGCAGAGAUGGUAAAUUUUACUGCACACUUCAUUACACCAGUUUGCUUGGAACCAAUCAGAGUCAUUUGGAUGAAACAGCUCCAAGUGUUGUAAAAGAGGAAGUUUUGGACGCAGAAGAGAUGCAAGAGAGUCCUGUGAAAAUGCAUGCAGAUCCCAACCCAGCAAUGGGCAAGCAUGGAGAUAUCAAUUCCAGGGUUGUUUCCGAAGAUCAGAUGGACAAUGAAAAUGAAUGGGAGAGAGGCAUUGAUGAUGAAGAGACAGGACUGAUGAGAGAAUACAGCGAGGAAGAUAUAAUUGAAGGUCUUCAAGUCAAGAAGGAAGACGAAGGGCGAGGAGUGGAGAGCUCUAGCCAAGACAAUGAAGACGCGAUAUUGAUGGAAACAGAACAUAGCAGAGUGCCUAUCAUGAGGCAUCUUACAUCACCUGGCAAGAGCCCUGCAAGGGAUACGGAUCAGGCUAUUGUAUCUCAUCCUGUGGUAAAACAGCUGUGGUCCACCAGUGGGAUGCCUAUGAGAGAUGGAUCUAACACUGACUCCAACUUUACUGCAGGAUCUGAAAGGAACUCAAUGGAUUACAAAAAACCAACCAGUGAAGCCGAAGUGGCAGGUUAUAAUGACGAAUCACCAUUCUCAACAACUAACAAAUUUGCAUCUUAUCUCAGUGGUAUAAAAAACACACCUUUCUCACUUAAAUGCCUGGCAGUACUUAAUAGUAAAGACAUUCCAGCUGAUAGCAACACUGAGAAACUUGGUGUCUCUCAAAGGAGUUCAACUCCUGAUAAAACAUCCAUGCCACAUCUGGAGGUCUCUGAGGCAAAUGACACUGAGAGUCUGCCUUUGGAUCCUGCCAAACCCUUGGAUCUGGGAGAUGCCAACAGGACAAGGGAUGCUGCUGAGAGUAAAGGAGCCUUCCCAAAUGGAAGGAUAGGUGACAUGCCGGAGGAUCGGAAUAAGAGCAAGAAGCUAGAGGAUGUUGAAGGGCAGUUAAAAUUAAGCUAUCUUUCCAAGGAGCUUGCUUCAAUGCAUUUUGAAAUGAAUAAAUCAUCCACGGAUGAGGAGGAAAGCAUUUGCAACAGUCCAAUGAAGAAACUGGGCCUUUCAGCAUCCCUCAGACGUAAGCUAGCCAGACUGAGUGUAAGCUCAGACACUGACUCAGAAAGCCAGGAGGAGAGGACACAGCCCAGAACUCAUAUUGAUGACACCAUGAUUUCCGAGGAUACGAGGCUUUAUCUGGGAAAAGGAGAAGUUUACGCUGAGUUUGAGCCUGGGGACUCAGACAAGGAAUGGGAAAUACUGGAUCAUCCCUCAUCAGUGUUGAGCAAAGAACACAGCAGAAGUCUCAAAGAGCAGGAGAUAAAAAGUCAGGUGUGCUGGGACACAUCCCAGCCUGCCCUGACGGAGAUACCCGGUCCGAAUUCAGCUCAACUCACACACAGCAAGACCAAUCUUGAAAACCCAAAGACUAAACGCAGAGGGGAGUUAGAACCCAAUGGAAAACGAACUGGGAAAGACUCGGCUUCUGAAACACCAAAUAAAUCAAAAUUGAAAUUUUUCUCUUUACCCAAACCAUUUUCUCGUUUAUCGAGAAGAGAGAAGAAAAAUGAAGAAAAACAUGCAAAUUCUACUCUGCCUGAGGCAAAGGCAGAGAUACCAACGAUCCAGGUAUCAUCUGCUCAGAAGGGAGUAAAACCGUGCAAUGUGAGUGGUGAUGAACAAUCAGAUGAUGAUGAAGAUGAGUCCCUUAGCGAAGAUGAGAUGAAAUCUAAUACUGAGCCAAUCAAAACUAAGCUGACUCCAGAGGAGUUUGCAGCAAAGAGGCAAACGUGGAAACUGAGAACAUUUGAACGGCGUGCGAGACAGGAAGAAAUGGCGAGGUUUGCGAAAGCACAGAUGAUUCAGAGACGGUUGGAAGAGAUUGAACAGACGUUCCAUGACUUGGAGCAGAGGGGAAUUCACCUUGAGCAGGAAAUGCGUAAUAGUAAAGGUGAACAGCAAGAUCUGAUGCAAUCCUGGAUCACACUGGUGCAAGACAAGAACCAACUCCUGAGUGAAGAGUCUGAGUUAAUGAUACAGGGACGUGAGCUGGAACUGGAGGAUCAGAAGAGUAGGCUGGAACAGGAUCUCAGGAGGUACAUGAAUAUGAAUGUGUCACUGAAGACAAGUAAGGACCGUCUGGAGGAGGAGAGGAUUUUUAAGGAGAUGAUUGAAGUAGUCAAAAUGAGAGACAAACUGGUCACCUUCCUGGAGCAGCAGAGACUCCGGGAACAAGAACAACGCGCAGUUGUGGUGCCUGGGGCUGCGGCCAAAGACCUCACCCAAGUUUCCACCAUUACCUGGGAAUAAAGACGAUGCAGUACUCAGAAUAUUCCAGCAGGAGGUGCUCUCCUGCAUUGCACUUUUCAAGGGCUUCACCUUUGAGUAUUUGUGGAGACGACCUCCACUUCCAUAUUUAUUAAAGAAAGUGAUGCAAUAUUGCUGAGAACAUCCUUUUUGUAAUUUUAUGUUAGAUUCAACCUUUGACGAAGAUCACUGUUUCUGGCAUAUUCAAAUAGUGAGCAACUGAGUUUCUCAGGGCUUGGUCUUGGAUCCUUGGUCCCCUCAUCCCCUUCACCCUCUCCAUUUAUUUUGACGCAGUCACCAAACUGAAGAAGAUAGAUCCUGUAAAUUAGUUUUUGGUUGUUGUAACAAUGUUUUUAAUUUUGUUUUAAAUACAUUUCGAACAGAUUGUUUUCCGAUCACAGAUACUCAAAAUGCUUUAAAUUCCGUCGGGGGCCUUUCUGCACAGGUUUGCGAUGCUUUCUAUGACAGACAUGAACUUGUCAAAGGAGGAUGAGUCUGUGUUGUAUUGGAGCUGAUGCAAGCAUAAGGGCACAGCCCAACCUCUGGGAAGGUGCUCAUAUAACGGCAUACCAUGUACCUUGCCACGAGCAUAAGAGAGCCCCUUAUCUUUACAUGCACUGAAAUCUCAGAGUAAUUCACUUUCACACAAAUCAAUUGCCAGCUUGUGUUCAUGAUGUAUAUUCCAUUUAAUCAUGUGCUACUGUUUUUAAAAAAAAGGUUGGAUUCUGUAUCAACUGCACUGAGACUUGAAUGAUUGAUUAUGGAGAGGUGUGCAUCAUAACUGGUAAAUAAAAAGGAACAUUGCAGUCUCUACUUUGAGGAAUGUCUUACGGUGAAGGUGUGAUAGUGACCUGUCAUGUGAUCUUGCAGGAGGGAGACACAGUCGUUUCGUUUUCAAAAUGUCUCCUGCAGCUCUCAGGGUGGGGGAAUUAAAAGAGACUUUUCUGUGACGGAGGGGAAGAGGGAUUGCAACAAUCUUCAUUGAUGCUGAAGGAACUCUGAAAACUGAAGAUAGCCACUCACAGUUACUACUCUACAAAACGGGAACAACAAAGCUAAGGGCAACUAUGGACAAUAACUCUAUGGAGAAUGCAAUGCGUAAUACGUAUAAAUGGAGAAUAUCACAGUCUGUCGUUUUAUUUAAGUCACCUAGAAAAAGUC